AUGCUUCUCAAAUGGUUAGCAGUAGCUCCGUGGAACGAAGCUGCCGGUCUCAAAAUUCUACCGGUAGGUGGAGGCAGAGGCUCAUCGUUAGCUUCAGACUCGAAAUCUGAAUCUCUCUCAAUUUGCUCCUGCUCUGGUUCAGACUCUUUCUGUGUUUCUGGCUCAGGUUCAUCCACCUUGUCUUCGUUCUCCAACUUCUUUGCAGCUUCGAUUUCCGCUGCAGUAGGAGCAUGGUAA